AUGGUCGGAAAGAAGUCGGGCAAGGCCCUUCGGGAUGAAGGCCUUGAACGGACGGACAAUAACAUGGAUCUCUCCAGCUGGCCACAGGUCCCAGCGAUCAACCAAAAAAACUACUACACUGAUUACCUGAAGCGAGACGACCAAUAUUUGGCCUUUAGAUUGGCAAACGAAGAAGCAAGAACCAAAAUGACCAAGUCCGCCAAGGAUCAGGACCGUGCCCUCGCAAUAGCAAAGACCAAUGAAGCCGCGGAGGCAGAGACGGAAGCAGACGGCGAUGCCAAUAUGGAAGAUGCGGAUGAGGCCCAAACUGAAGCAGUUGGUUCCAAAGUCAUUGUUAUUCAUAUUGGUAGCCAAAACCUACGCAUUGGAUUAUCGAGUGAUGCACUACCAAAAACUGUGCCAAUGGUGAUUGCGAGGAAAGCGAAGACGAGUGAAAGUGAAGAUCGGGAGGAGCCCAAGCCGAAGAGACAAAAGCUCGAAGACGGGACGCUCGAAGAGCCAGAACAACUAUUUGGACCGGAGUGGUCGUCUCAUUUCAACAAAAUGUCAGCCGAUCUCAAAGUGCACAUGCGCCAAAACAAGCGACGAAUGCUGCCCAACUCCAAGGAAAUGGUGGUCAACUUCAACCGGCGAACUGUGCCUGAGACUAUUUCCGAGCACAAUGAUCCCAUGCGUAUUGAAUGGACCGAACUCUCGAACCCCCCACCAGAGUAUAUUGUUGGACAUCCCGCAUUGAGAGUGGCGGACGCAUCAAAGCCUCGCUAUAAGCUUUACUGGCCAAUCCAAAAUGGUCAAUGUAACGAAAGCGACUAUGCCAGCAAGCGAAUGCUGUUCCUAGAUAUUUCAUUAAUUCUUGAGGAUGCUAUCAAGAAUCAACUUGGUUUGACUAGCAAAAAGGAUUGGCCACAGUACUCCUGUGUGUUCGUCAUCCCAGAUCUUUACGAAAAGUCAUAUGUCACGCAGGUACUAGAUAUGCUGAUGCGCGAGUUUGCUUUUGCCCGGGUUUGCUUUAUUCAGGAGAGUUUGGCUGCGACUUUUGGUGCUGGAUUUACCUCUGCUUGUGUUGUGGAUAUUGGAGCACAGAAAACAUCAAUUUGCUGUGUUGAGGAAGGCAUGUGCUUGGAGAAUUCUCGGGUGAAUCUGAAGAUGGGAGGUCGCGAUGUUACGGAAACUUUCACCAAAAUGAUGCUCCAUGACCAUUUCCCUUACGCCGAUAUUAACCUGUGGCGGCGAUACGACUUUCUGUUGGCAGAAGAGUUGAAAAGGAAUCUUUGCACCAUGAACGAGGCCAGUGUCUCCCCGCAAGUCUUUGACUUUCAUCUCCGGGUGGCUGGUCAAGACACUCAGAAGCACACAUUCAAAGCUUUCGAUGAAGUUCAUCUCGCACCGAUGGGCUUCUUUGAGCCAACAAUCUUUGAUAAUUCUGCAAAGCUUCAUAGGCGUCGGCAGCUGAUUGAACGUUCAGUUGACAUCUAUGACGGCCAGUAUAAUGAUCCCAUCUCAGCCGCUCAAUCGGAAAUAUUAACAGCCCUUGCUCCUCCACUUCCAAAAACAAAUGGGGAUUCGCAAUCAACACCAGCGGAUGUACAAGCAACACCCAGCAAGCCCCAACCCUCUAGCGCAUUAGGCCGUGUGCAAGAUCAAGAAGCCACGCCUCAUUCUUCAGUCGCUGGCUCUCCAGGCCCAGAGACAAGCACUUCUCAGGCAGGAGGAGCUGGUACACCUGCUGUCUCCGUGCCGACAACUCAAACGUCCCAUCCUGUAGUAGAAGAGCGAGAUGAUAUCUUAGCUGUAUAUUCUCUUGAUACUGCGAUCCUGACCUCGAUUGCUCACGCUGCCCGCUCUGAUGAGAAGAAGAUGCGAGAUUUCAUUGGUGGCAUCAUGAUUGUUGGAGGUGGAUCUUUGACCAGCGGGUUCCAUUUAUUCUUGGAAGAGCGUCUUCAAAGCCUUCGCCCAGGAUUUGCCAAGGAGAUCAUGAUUGGAGUUCCACCUCGAGACUUGGAUCCUCAGGUUGUUGUGUGGAAGGGUGCUAGUAUCUUUGGUAAAUUGAGUGGCACGAAUGAUAGUUGGAUCGGACAGCUGGAGUAUGACCGAUUGGGCGCACGGGUCAUGGCGUAUAAGUGUAUGUGGUCAUACUGA